UUCCUCUCCUCUCUCCAUAAUUUAUCUUUAUAUUCCCUUCCUCAACUCUUUCCAGUUCACCAUCUCUUUGCAUCCUUUUUUAAUUACUUAACAAGAACAACAACAAUAAAUUAAUCAAUCAUGAGGGCUUUCCCAGCGCUUUUUCUUGCAUCUCUUGCUUUAGUGUUGGGCGCCUCUCGUGCUGAUCCUGACUUGCUUCAGGAUGUAUGUGUUGCCGAUCUUUCUUCUGGAAUAAAAUUGAAUGGGUUCCCCUGCAAGCACCCCUCAACUAUAGGAGCAAAUGACUUCUUCUUUGCCGGUCUGGCCAAUCCAAACUUCCCUAACAACACUUUGGGAUCGCUUGUUACGGCAGCUAAUGUGGAAAAAAUCCCAGGUUUGAACACCCUUGGAGUCUCCAUGUCUCGUAUCGACUACGCCGUCGGUGGGGUCAACCCUCCCCACACCCACCCACGAGCAUCAGAGAUUGCAUUCGUGUUGGAAGGAGAAUUAGAGGUUGGCUUCUUCACUACAUCCAAUGUGUUGAUAUCAAAGCGUAUCAAGAAGGGAGAAAUAUUUGUGUUCCCUAAAGGAUUGCUGCAUUUCCAAAAGAACAUUGGGAAGACACGUGCAUCUGCUAUUACCGCGUUCGAUAGCCAGUUUUCAGGAACACAGUCCAUUGCUACCACCCUAUUUGCAGCCUCACCAGCAAUUCCAAAUGAUGUAUUGAGCAAGGCAUUCCAGAUUCAUCCUAGAGAGGUUGAGAGAAUCAAGGUCAAAUUGACACCUAAAAAAUAGAUUAAAUCAAGUUUAAUAUGUUGUGUUCUUAAUAAUAAGAAAUAAAAAAAGAAGAAGCAAAGAGUUAUGAUUAUAUUUAAAAUAGAAAAUAAGCAUUUAUAUGGUAUUCAAAUUUAUUAUUAUUGUGAUACAUAGAAUAUAUAAACUUAAACUAUAUUAAAAAU